AUGAUACUGGAAGGGUUCUCUCGGCAUUGGGAUCCGAAAUGCAUGGCGACUUUUCGAGGAGCAUGCAGAUACAAAGUUGAGUGGGAAUUGAAGAGACAAACUGUUGUUAGUCAGUUCUUCCAACUGGAUCGAUUAGUAGUUGAAGGUGGGAAAUCGGGAAAGCAAUCCGGGGAGAGAAAUGACAUAAUGAGACAAAAGACACAGGAUUGGACUGAUGUUUCCGGGUGGUUGUGGAUUGUGGACUUAAGGAAAUGCUAUGAAGUCAAGACGUUUGGGCCUGGUUAUAUGUAUCACUAUACAUGGAGUUCAAUUGCACUUUGGUGUCUGUCCGGCGAGACAUUCUUACACCAAGUGAUUCAGGAAACUCGCCCCUCAGCCAACAAGGUGGCAUGA